UACCGCGGACCAAGUUGAGGUUCCAGCGGACCUCCUCUCGCUGGUUUCACGCCUCCUGAGCUAACUGUGACGCAGUCAGUGUCAGUGUGCGCGUGUUUGUGGAGCUAUCGUGUGUUAGUGACGUCAGAGUUAAGACUCGGUAACGUUAACGUUACUGACGUUAACUCCACGGAAAGUCAGCCAAUGAGAACAGUUGCAGUCCUUGGAGGGGGGAUUGGGGGUUUGGCAGCAUCUUACUACCUUUGCAAGAGCCCCCAGGUUACAAAGGUCAUUGUAUUAGAGUCCAGUAGUCGAUUUGGAGGCUGGCUGUGGUCCACCAGAAGGUCAGAUGGGGCGGUGUUUGAACAUGGACCCAGAGGGAUUCGACCUGCUGGGGCGGUGGGACGCAACACACUCAAUAUGGUGGAUGACCUGGGUCUUGGGGGGGAGCUUCUUCCAGUCACCUACAGUGAUGUCGCCUCCAAGAACAGAUAUCUGUACGUCAACAAAGAGCUGCACAGGAUGCCUGCAGGGAUCAGUGGACUUUUGAGGACUGUCCCCCCCUUCUCCCGUCCUCUUCUUUGGAGUCUUGCCAAGGAGAUAGUGGUGAAGAAAGGCAAGGAAGAGGACGAGUCCGUCCAUUCAUUCGUUUCAAGGAGGCUAGGAAAGGAGCUGGCAGACAUAGCUGUGGACAGUUUGUGUCGUGGUGUGUUUGCGGGGGACUGCAGGAAGCUGAGUGUGCGCUCUUGUUUUCCUCCCUUGUACAAUGCAGAGCAGCACAGAGGAUCCGUGGUUCUGGGCAUGCUGCUGGGCUCAGGUCCCUCUCCUGUGGUCCCCCCUGGCCCUCUCGCUCAAAGAUCUGUGAAAGAGUCGUGGGCUCAGUGGUCCCUGAGUAGGGGGGUGGAGUCCCUCCCAGAAUCCAUCACAGAGUAUCUCCAGCAGAGCAGCAGAGUGCAGCUGCACAGAGAGGCAGCUGUUCGACACAUCAGCCCUUCAGCCUCGGGUUGGGAGAUCAGUCUGAAGGAUGGAGUUGUAUCUGCUGACCACAUCAUCUCUGCGCUGCCUGCCAAAGCGCUCGCCUCUGUCCUGCCCUCCUCCUAUCAGCCUCUCAUCCAGCUGCUGCAAGACAUCUCCACGGUAACAGUCGCUGUGGUAAAUCUGGAGUAUGAGGGCUCCAUCCUGCCUGUGACGGGUUUUGGUCACCUGCUUCCAUCAUCAGAGGAUCGGGGGUUACUGGGAGUGGUCUAUGACUCUGUUCCAUUCCCUCAACACAACAGACCUCAUGGACAGACCACCAGACUGACGGUGAUGAUGGGAGGGGCCUGGUUUCAGGAAGUGUUUGGGGCCCCAGAAGCAGUAACAGAGGAGAGUCUUUUAGCACGAGCCACAGAGGCAGUGCACUGCCACCUAGGAGUCACAACAGCACCCAGCUGGAGCCGGGUGACUGUGCAGAGGGACUGCAUACCUCAGUAUUAUUUGGGACACUUUCGGAGAGUAGAGUCCAUGCGUAGCUUCAUAACAGAGAAGAAUCUCUCACUAUCUCUGAUUGGUUCCUCCUAUGAUGGUGUGUCAGUCAACGAUGUCAUCUUCAGUGGACGAAUGGCUGCAGAGGAGUUGCUGGGAACUCGACUUUGAUGGAGCAGCUCAAAAAAAUUAUACAUCAUAUUCAGUGUGCUGUUGAGAAUCCAUUUUUGUUUGUACCCAUGUGUGCAUCAAGCACUCAUUCAUGUAUCACACAAACAGCUUGUGUUUCGUGUUCAAGUUCAGUCCUUAAAGAGUAACUAAACCCCCCACUUUUGGCUUGGGUGCCUCCCUUCUGAAAUGUGAAAAAAGUUUUAAAUGGGCGUGGCUGGGAGGUGUGCUGGGAUCGUUGCACAGUGUGUGAUAAUUUUCACAGUGUGGUUCAAAGAGGCUGAUGCUGAUUGCUCUUCAGUACAACUCAUGUGACUUGCACUUUAAAGCCUUAAUGUACCUUCAACCUGUCAUCACAUGUUGGUUCUGUGGGAAAGACUUCAUGAUGGACUCAUGAGCAUAUAUGAACUGAUUUUUAUAUUUUAAUGCAUUCAUGAGUGCUCUAAGGUGGCCUAUGGUGUACAUAUGUAAAGCCCUCUGAGGCACAUUUGUGAUCAUGUAAAUAAAAGUAAAGAAAAUUCUG